AUGAUGAAAUUUUUGAUACUCUUUUUAACUGCAAUUUUUUUGAAUAAUGAAAUAGCGUGUGAUUAUAGCAUAAAACAUACAGGGGAAUUAGUAUUGGCAAAUCAGAUGAACAGUCUUGUGCAUGCAAAACUAGUACACUAUGAUAAGGCAUUUAAAUUAGAUUUAACCAAUUUAAUUAAAUUUCCUGUUCAGUGUAUACCUUAUAGUACAAUAGAUCAUAACUCUAAAAGAAAGAAAAAACCUGUAUAUUUUAUAAAACAUGAGUUUCAAAAUUCUCUUUAUUUAUAUAAGAAUAAUGUAAAUGUUAUGCCACUCAUAUUUCAGGAUAAGCACUAUAUAGUUGGUAUAGCUGUAAAUAAUGGUGUAUUUAUUAUGUUAACAGAUGUUGAUAUAUACGAAGUAAAUACAAAAAAUAAAAAAAUUUCUAUAUUACGAGUAGCAGAUAAGAAAUAUGAUUAUAUAAUGAAUAAUAAGGAGAUGUUUUUUACAGGUGUGGUAGCAGAUAGUAUAGAAAAUCAAUUUUUUUUAAUAUGUGCGAUUAAACAGAAUUAUUACAUUGUACAUAUAAGACAUGAAGAAACAGAUGAAACUGUACAAGUAUUAAGUGUUAUAGAUAAUAUUAAUGGUAAUAAUAUGAGGGUUAUCAAUGGAAUUAGUGUUGUAGAGGAUCGCUUAUAUGUAGCAGAGAAUGCGGAAGGUUUGUACAGAUUGACUAUUAAUAGGGAUAAUAAUAUUGUAAUUAAUGCAAAAGAAUUAUAUGUAUUUAAAAAAGGGGAUAAGAUUGUAGAUAUAAGUGCAGAUGUGAUGCCAGAUGCACAUGAUGAAAAUAUGUUGGUUGAUUAUAUAGUUAUAAAUACGAAAAAGAUAGUAAAUGAUAAACCAUCAUCAGAAGGAUGUUUAUAUCUUAUGAGUGUAAAACAUGAAGUUGUAGAUAUAUACACAGUUGUAGACUUAUUUAGUAAGGAUGUGAACUCUUUUUACUUUACUAUAUAUGAUGCACACUUAGCAGGAGAUGAUGAGGAUACAGAAAAUAUAUUAUCCUCAUAUAAAGGAGUUAGUAGUGAAAAGAUGAAAUUUUUAAAUUUAAAAAAAGAGAUAGAAGAAGAAGAAAUGAGAAAAAAACAGGACGAUAAAAAAUAUAAAAUAAAUAUUAUAUGGACAAAUCAUUAUAAUUGUACUAUUAAUAAAGGUACAAUAGAUAUACGAAAUUUUAAAGUAUAUGAAGAUGAUAAGAAGAGGCUACCAUUUAUUAAUGUGACAAACAAAUAUGCAUUAGCUCCUAAUGUUACUUGUGCAAGUACAUGUUCGGGAAAUGAAAAACUCUUUAAAGAUAUUUGUUAUUAUGACUCGAUGAACAAUUUUGUAAGUGUUCUGAACAGAUCAGAAGAAUAUAAUGAAAAUUAUACUGGCAAUUUUUUUUUCGAUGGACUUAAAGAUUUUAUAGCAUUUGACUAUAAAUCCCAUAUGAAUGUGCAUGUUUUAUCUUAUCCACUGAACAAUUCUAUUUAUGUAUAUUUAGACAAAACUUCAUUAACAAUAAAUUUACCAAAGCCAUUUGGUAUAGCUAUUGACACAUAUAAUAGCACAGAACAGAGUGUUGUAGUAUAUAUAACUGGAAAUGAUGAUAUGCAAAAUUAUAUAAAUAAAUGUGUUAUAAGUAAAGCGGAAAAGGCGUAUGAGUGCUUUAAUGUGUACAGGAAGAACAACGAUUCAAAUGAACUAUUUCAACAUGUGUCUUUCAUAACUUACGACGAGGGAGAUGCUAGCAGUUCCGACAAUAGCGGUAGCAAUAACGAAAGCAGCAACAGCAGUAGUAAUGGUAGUACGAAAACAGGUCAAGUGUGUUACAUAUAUGUAACAAAUAAUAAAAAAAAUAUAUAUAGAUUAAACAAACAAAACGAUAAAUGGUUGUUAGAGGAGUGGCUAAAUUUAGAUAAUCCUAACCAACGUAUUGGACCGAUAAGUACUUCAUUGAAUUAUUUCUUUAUUAAGAAAAAUGCUUUAAACAAUUUAAUCAGUAAAUACCCUGAAGAUAAAUUAUUAAAAAAGUUCAAAGAUGCCAAAGAUGAAGAUUUACAUGUAACCGAUGAUGGAUAUAUUUUCCUUACCGUAUCACAUACAGUGAUAUUCUGUUCUAACAAUGAUUCUUAUGCAACAGAUAGCGGAUCAACCGUUCAUUUCUAUAGCUCUAUUUUGAGUGAAAAAUACUAUCAAUCUUUUGCAGUUGACAGCAUUAUAUUUAAUAUAAAAAAUGAUUCCAAAUUUAAUUACUACAUAGAUGCAUGA